AUGAGUGCGUCCAAUAGCCGAAAGAAGCAAAAUGAAAACGAUAAACAAUCACUAAGAGAUAAAAUAAACCAGACAGUUCGCGAUAUCUGCAAUCAAGAAGCCAAAAUAUUAAAUGUAACACCCACUUCGAAUUUUAUUUCGUCGCUCGCGGAUUUGGUGUACGAACAUGUCGAAACUACUGGGUCUCUGCUAGAAGAUUUUGCACAUCAUGCCAAACGAAAUACCAUCGCGAUGGAAGAUGUCAAACUUCUCGCACGGCGAAAUGAAGAUCUCGAAACGCUUAUCAAUGACUUUGCUGAGAAUUUGGAGAAACAGAACGUAAAAUCACGCGCCAAAUCUUCAAGGUCUGUCAAAGCUAAGGGAAAUUCAGAUCGACAACAGUCUUGCGGCGAGAGUACAGAGGAUGUUGAUCAAUAUGAUGAGCCAAGAAUAUUCAAGUUCAGUUAUAAUAAGUAUGAUCAACUUUCGUGA